CCGUCAGUGUGGAUCCGUGCACGGGAGCAGCGGCAGUGGCUCGGAGCUCAGCGGGAUCACUGCGGCUUCCUUCGGUUCUUCUCACGCCGCGGCCCCAGAGCAUGCUGGGAACUACCUGAAGACGCACUUGAGGAGCGCCCGGAGCCACCGACCGGAUUACUUGGAGCCGUCUUCCCGCGGGUGGACCGUUAAACCACCGGUUGAUACGCGGGGCUUCAGAGGAGAGCAGGAUCUGAGCUGGACCGCUUCUUGAAGGAGGGAGGAAGGGGGGGGCGGGGGUGUUUGGUUUGCGCACCGGGUCUUCUGAGGUGAGGGAUCCAGGUGAGCUCACCAGGUGUAUUUCCGCGGGAUGCUCCUGCCCUGAGCUCAGAGCGAUUCGGACUGCGGGGGGGAGAUGCUGCUGUCCGGUCCCUGCAGGCGGGACAGAACGGCGGUCCGGGAGCGGCUGGAGGCUUCCGUGUCCGGGCUCGGGGAGCUGGAGCUCCUGCGGCGGCGGCAGGAAGUGCUGGUCCGAGCGGCGCUGGACCUCCGGGAGCCGCAGGAGGAGGAGGAGGAUGAGGAGGAGGAGCGGCGGAGGGAGGCUCAGUUGAGCUCAGAGGAGAAGCUGCUGGAGGAGAACAUACUGCUGCUCAGGAAACAGCUGAACUGUCUGCGAAGGAGAGACGCCGGCCUCAUCAGUCAGCUGCAGGAGCUCGAUCGACAAAUCAGUGACCUGCGAUUGGACACGGAGACGUCACCUGACCAGGCAGAACCCGACAGCCGGCCGAGCUCAGGUUUCUACGACCUCAGCGACGCCGCAUCCGGCUCGCUCUCCAACUCAUCUAACUCGGUCUUCAGCGAAUGUUUCUGCUCAACAGCCGACGCUGACGGACGCCUUCCAUCCGCAGAUGAGCCAGCCAGCUGUUUGGAGUGUGACAUCCUGGUUGGAGGACUUUGUGAUGACUCUUCUUCUUCUGGUACGGUCCGCCGCUCGGUGUCAGCUCCAAACCCACCCACUGUGGAUGCAGUCUCCUCAUUUCUUUCCACUGACACCCAGUCUAAAUACCACUGUGACCUGGUGGCCCGAAACGGCAGUGAUGUUUACCGCUACCCAAGUCCGCUGCACGCUGUGGUGGUCCAAAGCCCUGCCUUCCUGCAGAUGUUGGGUUAUGGAUGCCAUGGCAGAGAUGAGGUAGACACUGCGGCUCUUCCUGCCUCUGUUUCAGACCCUCAUGUAUCUCAGAGCUCCUCCUGGCUGGCCUCCUCUUCCUCUUCUUCCUCCCAAACUCCUUCCCAUAAGCGACUGGAAAGCUACAUCUAUGGCCUUCUGCAGCGUAGGGCCCAGCCAAUCAGGACCAGCAAACCCAGGACCAGCAUCAGUGCGGACCCCUCAAAGAGCAUCCUUAGGCAGGCCAGUCUUUGCGUGAGGCAGCUGUCUGGUCCCAGUUCUAGUUUUGGGACUCUGAGGGGAUCUGAAUUUAAACCCUCCUGGCCGGCUGGAGGAACAUCAGCAGAAGGUGCUGGGACCUCAUCUCCACAGAGGCAGUGGUCUGUGGAGAGUAAACGCGAGGAGCAAGAGACCCAGAAUGUAUUCGCAGGUGGCAGCCUUGAUGUGAAGCAUAAUGGCCUCAGGAGGGGCAGCGGUGAGUCCGGGUCUCCUCAACAGUACAGCUUACAGAGCAGCUGCUCUGCCACCAACGACAGCAGCACCAACAGUCUGAGAAAGAAGAGCAAAGGGGUUCUUCAUCAUUCUGUGAUGUCCACAAAAACUCUGCCUAAAGACUUCAGGGAACUGGGCAGUCCCAAGGCUAACUCCUCCCCCAAAGAGACCAAGCAGCCAUGUUGCCCCCAUGACCAGGAGGUGCUCCUGAAAUCUGCUCCAGUCAUCAAAAUGCAGUCAGGUACUCCCAGAAACAGCCCGAGGCUCAUCCAAGGUGGCCCCACAGAGAAAGGUGAUAGGUCGGUGCUGGAGAUCACCAGUCUGGGGUCUUCCUCCCAGAGUCAGGAUGAAGCAGCGGGCGAAGGAGGAGGGAGUCACAUGGUUAAUAGCCGGUACAUCCCCACCCAGCAGCACAAACUCCGCAAGGGUGGCAGCAAGAAUGUCAAGGUGAGGAACUCCUCAUCGGUGAAGACGAGUCAGCCCUCUGAACACAAUGAGCUUCCGCCAGAGAGAAGAGGUCACAAAUACCAUCACAGGUCCGGCUCAAAAAGGUCCCGGUUCCUGGAAGAUGGAUGCUCCGCCCACAUUAAGGUCUCCAAGAGGUGUGCUUCCUCAAGAAUGAAACGCCUUCCUGCAUCCAUCCCAGAAGACCAAGUCCUGGACAGACACGCCCCAUCAGCACUAAACAGUAUGCGACCAAGUGUAUCCAAGCACCAUCACCAUGGAAACCACCACUGCUACAGUGGGAACCACCACCAUCAUCACCACCAUCAUCACCAUGGACGCGACCAGGUUGUGGUCGUUGCCAAACCAAAGCACAAACGAAACGAUUACCGGCGGUUACGCGCCAUCAUGGAGGUCCCGUAUGACGAGGCAUUCAGGCGUGCUCAGCGCCGUCAGAGAAAGGAGCUGCUUAACAGCACUCCAGCCAGCGUGUACCCGUCCUCCGGAGCGCGGCUGAACAGCACGUACUCUUACGCUGCAGGAAGUGACUCUGAGUACUCAGCCGAGUGUGCGUCACUCUUUCACUCCACCAUCGUGGACACCAGUGAGGACGAGAGGUCCAACUACACCACAAAUUGCUUUGGAGACAGCGAGUCAAGCGAGGAGGAGUACGUGGAGGGGAGCACCACCACCAGCGAUACUGAGGAGAGUGGAGGUGGUGGCAUGGGCAGGGGCCGGGGGCAGUUAGGGGGAGCUGGGGUCAGGGUGACGGGGCAGGAAAUGACUUCAGCACAGGCAAAGGCUUUUGUCAAGAUUAAGGCGUCUCACAACUUGAAGAAGAAGAUCCUCCGGUUCAGGUCAGGUUCUCUUAAACUCAUGACCACCGUGUGACCUGCCAGACUGGACCAGAGCCACACCUGCCUUACCCACACACCUCAGGUGGACCUGACCCCAACCCGACUCACCCAGACCUGGUGGACAGAUGGACUGUGGCAGGACAGGUGCUGCACGCUGCACUUACCUGGCGAAAAAAGAUUUUUCUGUGCUGAAUUUUUAACCAGCCCCAAACCUCUUCUUCACAUUAAAGCAGUUGGCAGUCGUUGUGGAAGACUGUGUGACUUUUACAGGUUGAUAUCCAACUAAUAAAUAGUUCUGAUUGGAUCUUUUGUUAUUAAACUCCAUGAGGUACAUUUUAGGCUAACACAGUCGAGCCCAGCUGAGUGACUUGGUAAACGUGACCUCUGUUCCCUCCUCUUCCUGUGGCCUUCACUGUGAUGUUUCAAUGCUAGAGUCCAAGACACCUGAUUGGAGACCACAUCAGCUCUCCAGAAUUUUCAUGUUUUGUAAUCUGGGGAAGCCUAAAGGUGAGCGCUGGGAAACUAGUUUAGAACAUCAAAUAAAUCAACAUCUGUCCAAACAGGAAACAAGUAUGAAUGUAGUUUUUUUUUUUUUUUUUUCAAAAACAUUUUAAAUCAAUGCUUUUAUUCUUUAAUUCUUACAAUCAGAAACACAAAAGUUUCCCAUUUUGAACUUCCUACAAAUGCAGCAUGAGCUGCUUUUUGGGAAGCUGUAAAGAUGUGAAGGUGUGGUUUGGAGUUUGGGUUUAGCCAAUCAAAUUGGUCCCGUUCUCUGUCCUUUUGCCUCAGCCGACCUGAACCUGGAGCCGGUCGGCUUCAAACAAAUCUAAACAAAUACUGUCCAACCACACCCACAAGUUUCCACGCUGAAAGCCGCCUGUCACCUCCUCGUCCUGGCUUCCCAGGGGAGGAGUUUGUUGCUGGGGCUCUGCCAGGCCCUACAGAUGAAAUGAUUAAUCACAGACUUAAAUGACAGACAGAGCGGGCAGCAGUGUCGCUCACUGAUUCACGCAGAAAUGUUUUAGAAUAAAUUAGUAAUAAAUCUGGUGGCGAUGGUUCAGUAGCUCUGCUGGCUCACAGUCUGACAACCUGUUUGUUAGAAGCAGCCUGAAGCUGUUGGACCAGGUCCUUGUGUCCUCUGGUCUUUUGUAGAAGUGGAACUUUAAUCUGGUUCCUCAGAGUGUCUCCAAGAUGGUUCUGAAAGUUCUUGAAAGGUUCCAACAAGGAUCCCUAGAUCUUGUAUUUCAAGGGACUGAUGUCCAGGAACUUCCCAAGGAAUCAAAAGCUCCUCCAGUUUGUCUGUUUCCAUCUAAAGUCAGAACAUAUCAAAGAGCUGCAGAUGUUUUGCAUAAUUUGUGACGGUACCGAGCCAGGAGGACCAUAAUGAUUUUUGGGGUUGAUCUUCUGCAGUUCUCAGACUUUGAGGCCUGGACUUGGACGUGAUGCAUGAUCAGCAGAUUGCUCCUGUAGCUCCACGCUGUGCCGAAACAACAAUUGCCUUUUUUUAAAAUUGAUUGUAAUGCAGGAAAUAUUCUGCACUGCAAACCCUGCCACCAGACUUCCCCAACUUUUUGUCUCUUUGAGCUUCAUUUGGACUCCUGCAGGUUCCUGAAGUGGUUCUUCAUUACUGGGACUCUCCUGCAGUGGACUCCAUAAAUGCUGGUUUGAGGACGAUCGUGCUGCAGUAACCUUUGUAUUUCCUGCACUUUGAGACAAAGCGUCAGUGGACAGACGGCGGUGUAAUGCUGGUUUUCUGUUGUUUGUGUGUAGCCUUUUUUUUUUUUAUUUAUUACCACAUGACCUUUGCCCUUCGCUGUGGUGCAGCACGCCAAACACCUGUAAAUGCUUUUUCUUUCUUCUUCUUCUUUUUUUUUUUUUUAAGAUGAUCCCGAGUGUUUUUUUGUUUUUUUGAUGAAAUCUAUUUAAAACCUAAUAUAUUUGCUUGGUACAUUUAGAAAAGCCCAUGUGUUAGUAAUGAUCUGAAUAUUUUUUAUGACAUUUAUACUCGAGUGUAACGCAGCCUUUUAAUACUGCAGUGAACUGUUUCUACAACAUUUGGACCUGUUUUUUUAUAAAGCAGUUACAGCGUAUCAGGUACAAAGGAAGGACACGUUUAGCCUAACUCAGAUGGAAGCAGGAAGUGUUUAAAGAUGUAGAAACAGAAAUGGAAACUCUGCAGUUUAUACUGUUUUUAGCCUGUAAUCAGACAUGUUGGAUCUCUAACACGAGUUUGUGUGUUAGUGUGUGAGGUCUGUGAAAGUGGGGUGGGGAGAGUUCUUAGUUUUGUUGGAGCACUGCUUGUAGACGUGUUUGUGUAAAAUUAGGCUGAAUGUGUCCUGCAGGAAUGCUUUCAUGGACUCAUCUGGUUCUGUGAAGAGGACUCAAAUAAGAUAUUCAAAACAUUGCUGGAAUUUGAUGAGCAGCCUUGAAGUUGUGAUUUAAAUUCUCUUCUCAUUUGUCCACAGUUUACACGUUGCAGAUAUAAAUAGCUCCUAAGCUUUACAAAGCCAUAUAAAGCCCAUUCACAGCUGCCACGUGCUCUGCUGCCUUUGUUGAGCUAUUUUGAGUUUUCUGUGAUUUUUCUUUUUUUUCUCUUCAACCAAACGUGAGACUUCAUCCAACCGCCAACACUGAUCCAGCUGCACCUCCUUCAUUCUGUAAAUGUUCACAUAUGCAGCUGGAAAUGACUGUUACUGAUGUAUGUGUGUGUACAAAGCCUGUGUAUGCCAACAAUGGUGCUUUACAUUUUUAUGCUUCAUUAAAUGUGGACUUUAA